AUACAACGAAGUGUUUUUGUUUUCGCACGUAAACGCAGCCAUGAUCGUUAACUCGGGGUGGGCAGGGCUCCGCCGAGUUGGAAAUUAGACUUGAGGGGACGUUACAGUUUCCGGCUGGAAACUCGGGAAUUCCAACUUCGCCUAGAAUACGCUCGUGUUCAUUCCGUUCGUUUCCACUCUAUAGAUUGAAUGUGAGGUAAACGACAUUUUAAUGGGACCCUAAAUGCAACGCUUUCACGGAGAAGUUGUUACAGAGGAAGAAGUCAGUCCCUGAAGCAGCACUGUGUGACCCCGGUGUCCGUGACGCUGUGACGGAGGUCUGCAGAGGCGGAUCGGGCUCUUUCAAACUGUGCCUUUCGGAGAUGGCGGUGCACGUGACCCUGAACGGGACGUUUUUGUAUAACCGCUACGAGCUGCUGGCGUGGCUAAACGAAACCUUACAGACGAGCUUCACCAAGGUGGAGCAGGCAUGCACAGGUGCGGCUUAUUGCCAGCUGAUGGACUGGCUGUUUCCUGGCUCCUUGGACCUCUCCAGGGUCCAGUUCCAGUGCGACACCAUCAUGCACUCUCUGCACAACUUCACCUUGCUGCAGGCGGCUUUCAGGAAGGCCGGAGUGAUCAGACACAUCCCCAUCGAGCCGCUGAUGAAGAGGAACUCGGCCGUGGCUCUGACCUUCCUCCAGUGGUUCAAGAUCUUCUUCGACGAGAACAAUGAUGGCAGGGAGUACAACGCCUUGGAAGCUAGAGGAGGACAGAGCCUGGUUCCUGCUGACCUAGGUGGCGCCUUUCUCCUGCCGAAUCAGAAACUCGCCGUCACCGUGACGACGGACAGUAAAACCACAGAGGAAGAAAAAGCGAAGGAUGUAAUCUCGCUGAUCUCCGACGACGAGGACGACGUGGUGGACCUGACGAUGGAGUCGGUAACAAACGUAGACGAGUGUGUUCGGCCCGAGCAGGUGAAGGAGGCGGAGCCAACAGACUCGUUGGUGGACGAGGGCGAUGUCUUGCUGCGGUUCAGUAAACGAUACUGCCGCGAUGACGUGGACCUGACGCCGACCGGCCAAAUCAUCAACGCGCUCCGCAGCACGCCGUACUGCCUGUACCUGCACGUCGGGGUGGAGCUGGGCGGGGGCCGGAGGACGAGCAUCGUCCUGAUUGGCUACUUCGACGGGUGCUCGGGUGCGAGCGUGGUGAGGCCGCUGCUCGCGGUGCAGCUGAGCGUGGAUUCGGCAGUCGGAGCCGCGGAGUCAGACUCAGAGCUUCUGAUGAAGGCGCUGACGGAGGCUGGCCUUCCUCUCGCCAACCUGGCUGUGUUCUACUGUGAUGCUCCGCCCCCACAGGUGAGCCGGAGGUUUGAAGCGCAGCUCCGGCUUUUCAGCCCCAGCCUGGUUUCGCUCUGCGGCCUUCCUGGGAUGGCGGGACGAGCGUGCCAGGCCGGACUCCUCACCUCCUUCAGUCACGUGCCGAUGACCGAGCUUUCUAAUAUUAACACAGCUAACGGUCAGAUAGCGGAGCUCGGCCAGUGUCUUCCCAGUGAGCCGGAGGCUGACCCGUUCGGUGCUUGGAGCCGCGGACCUAACGUUGGUGAUCACCGCUAA